AUGAAGUUUGUCAGAGUGGAGCUGAAAGGACCAAAGCUGCUGAGGCCUCCUGGCCCGGGAUUUCUAACACGCGGGCCAGGUCAACCAUAUUUUCCUAAACGACAUACCUUGCCAGGAUUCCUCUCAUCUUCCCAUCGCGCAGACUCGGCCACACGGGGUAGUCCACCAUUCACGAACUGUGAGGGCUUGCUGGAGAGAGUGUGGCCAGGUGAGCCCAGUUUCCUCAGCUGUUAUGUGGCGGAGGACACAGACACACUCACCGUCCCUCCGCUCCCGUCAGAGGUGACGUGCGGAACCUCUGCCUAA